AAAACUAAAUAAACACCAUAAAACCAUUAGUUACUGAUAUGAAUGUACACAGCUGAACAGACAUCGUUCACUUAAUCAAAUUUGCUUUACUUAGUUAUGCUACGAAACAGAACAACUGUGAUGUACAGCAGUAAUCGUUAGAAUACAAUUCGAAAAUUUCUAAGUCCAAAUAGGAACGCUGCACUUUGUUGCCCUUAUAAUCUGUUGUUUUAAAAUUCUUAAUUAUCACGCGAAUAGUCAUUGCAAGCAGUUUGAAAAAUAUAGUUGUUGACAUUUUUGCUGUUAUUUUUUUAAAUACAAGCUAAACCAUCGAUCGCUCUCGGACACUUCAAGCCACAUUUCUCAGUACUGUGCUCCUAGAAAGCCAAAAAAAAAUACCGAGAAAGAGAUAGCAGCAAUGAACACUGGAGACUUUGAGUCAAACUUAGAUGCGGCUGGAAACUUUGGCAAAGCUCAGUGGAUCAUUAUCUUACUUAACUUCUACAUUACGUCAUACGUCGGAUGGCAAGCUUACAUUCCCGUUUUCGCAACAAGAGAAGUCGAUUUUUACUGCGCUGACAAUUCAAACAGUUCAGAGAUUAGCCAAAUUGACAUCGAUUCCAACUUAUCGACAAAGAGAUACCUCGAGACUUCCAAAAAUAACGGAUCCGAUUUCGACCAAACUUGUGUCGAUCACUGUAGCAAAUACGUAUACAAAUCGAAACCUAAUUCCAUCGUUUCUGACUUUGAUUUGGCUUGUGGAAGCGACAAAUUCCUAGUUGCUUUUUCAAACUCCAUCUACUGGAUUGCCUACUUCAUCGGUUGCUUUGUCACUGGCGCCCUUAGCGAUAAACUGGGUCGCAGAAAUGUGGCUUCUGUUCUGCUCAUAGGACUUGCAGUCAGUACCUCAGGAAUCUUUUUCACAAACAACAUUUAUCUCUACCUUUUUCUUCGUUUUGUCAAUGGUUUCUGUGGAUUAUCAGGCGCUAUCGACUACAUUAUUCUAGCUGAGUCAAUCGAUAAGAAAAGACUGUCCAAAAUUGGUAUGACAAAUCAAGUCAUUUUUGUCAUAGGCGAACUCGCUUGCAUUUUGUUUGGAUACCUGUUUCAGCAAAACUGGCACUGGCAAUUUUUUGCUAUGGCUGUUCCUUGCUACCUAUACAUUGCACUUCACAUCUUUUUCAUGCCGGAAAGUGCAAGAUGGCUACAUUCUCAGCGAAAGUUUCGAAAAGCCGAGGCUGCUUUGAAAAAAAUUGCCCAAAUAAAUCGAAGAGACCCUUCACUGAUUUACAUCGAAGACGCUGCAGACAGUCUAAAGCACUCUUCAGAGCUUCUCGGAGACCAUACAGAUACCGAUUCACGUGAAAUGAUUGUGAACACUUCAUCUGUCGGAUCUCAAACUGAGUCCAAACCGAACCUAUUCGAUUUGUUCAGAACCAUUCCUUCAGCUAGACUGACAAUAACUGGCGCUCUUUCAUGGUUCGCAUGCAGUUUAGUGUAUUAUGGAUUGACUUAUGACGUUCAAAAUAUUGGCGGGGAUUUCUUCCUCAAUAAUAUUCUACUGAGUUUAACUGAAGUGCCGGCUUGGGGAAUUUGUAUUGCGAUGGACAAAUUUGGACGUCUAAGAACCUUCUAUACAUCUAUAUUUAUCUGCUCAAUAGCAUGUGCUAUUCUUCCUUUUACAGAACCGGUGCUGGACGGUAACCUUCAAAUAGGGUUUGCUGUUAUCGGCAAGUUCCUUGCUGCUGGAUGUUUCGACAUGCUUUACGUAUAUCAAUCAGAACAACUACCGACUGUUCUGCGAAGUACUGGGCUCACUUUUUGCUCUGCCUCAGCCAGGGUAGCUUCGAUAGCAGCGCCAUUCGUUAUCGAGUUGAAACUAGGUCCCUACAACUCAGUACCUUAUCUUAUAUUCGCUGUAUGUGGUUUGAUCGUGAGUACGUGCGUCUUCUUCGUGGGAGUCGAAACUAGAGGCAAGCCCUUCAUUACGACUGUCGAGGAGUAUAAAGAGCUAGCGAGGACGAAAGAGGUGAAGUUGCUGGACUCAGAUAGCUAUGACCAUUAUUUUGUUGGAGGCCAAAUAUCUUAGCUCCAUUUAUGUGUUCACGUACAUUUUAAAUUUAGUCUAAUUAAAAAUUUUCA